UAUUGUUCAAGGCAAUAUUUCCAUGUCACUUGGACAAGAGUCACAAGACGACAGGGACCGACCGGCGACCGCCAUGUCAAUCCACGUCUUUUCUUUUCCUCCAAGCUUCUCCAAAUUCCAGCACGCAUAUGGAUGCCUCUCUCAAGAUUUCCAGCAAAUCCUUUCGCUAUACGCCGUCAUAAAAGACCAAGCCGUCGAUAUCUUCAUCAAGUUCAGCCAUGCCGCCGACGCCUACGAUCUUUGGAACUACUGGACUGUUGGAAUCCUCAGUGUCAUUGCUAUCAUCCUAGUGCUAAUUCUCGUCUCCCGUUUCUUGCAUACGUAUUUCCGUCCAAGGCUCACGAAGGACUCCCAACGCGCCCGCACAGCCCUCCAAGCGCUCCAAACCGUCCUUGUCCCCAGCUGCUCUCUCUGGCCCGCGCGGUACAUCAAGCUCGUUCAAUAUGCUUCCAAUCAUGGUUCCGGGUCGAGGAUUAUCAUUCCUUUGAGCAUGCUUCUGCAGGAUAUAUGCGAUGGUGUCAUCGAGCUUCGCGAUCCAGCAUCCGAUCUUGAGGACCUGGUAGGUGACGGUGUCCGCGCAUAUGGCUGUUACGUGCAUCUGAGCGUUGAGUGGAAGUGGUGGGCAGAAUGGUUGGAUCGGACGUUACGCGGAGACCUCUCAGACAAUACGAAGAGCGCUUACUCUUCCUAUCUUCCGGCUAGCGCACAACAUCUCGACAGACUGAUUCACCUACUCGCAAGAGCACCUUCGCCAUCCACGGACCAUGGACCCAUCAUCAACUUCGACAACUAUCCGCUCACGCACCUGGCCACUAUCCAGCUUCCCCAAGGCUCCCAAACAACACUAGAGUUCACGUCUCUCUCCAGCCACAUCUCCUUCCUCAGCAUGACGCACGUUCUCUGUACGAUCCCAUUCUUGGCGCGCCGUCUUCCCCACCGCCUCUCCGAUAUCCUAGCAACGAUAAACAACACUCCACACUUCAAACUGUCGACUCUCACGAAUACCUCAACAGCAUACGCCGACUCACUCGUUACAUCAUCUGCUACGCUCACGUAUCAUCCUGUGGCGAGAAAACAAUGUGUGGAGGAGCUGGGCAUCGAGGGAUGGCGCAAAAAGAGGAUGAUGCUCGAGUUCGAGGCUGCGCUUGUGCGGAGGGGCUGGCUGGAGCGCUGGAACGUGGUUUUGGAGGCCCGUUGAUUGUUGACGUAUGUAAUCGGCUGUGGUUUCCUUUCGAUCAUCCAUGUUCAUACGCAAUGGUCCUACGGGCACCCCUGGACCUGGGAUUUUCUUGUUGUGUUAACCAAUUUCAUGUUUGCAAUUCCUUUUCCGCAAUGCUUUGUUCUCGUUUUUGCUGUAUCAUCUUCUUGCCAACAAUGGCUCUCGCCAGUGAAUGAGAUUGAUUGUCGGGAAGACUUAAAGACUUAUGUGGG